AUGAUCUCGCUCCUAGAUCUACCAGUCGAGAUCGUGUUGCUCAUAAUCGACUCCCUCCUUUCCCAAUUCGCCGCAACGGAACCAGACAACGUUGACGCUUCUACCGCCACCCAAAAAGACUUGAACGCACUUUCACAAACAAACACAUGGCUUUAUGACCAGUUAGAAACUCGCUUGUACAAGUUCAAUGCACAACAUUGUGGCCAAACGUCAUUGGCAUUCGGCGCCUUCCACGGCUAUGACGCUGUUGUGCAGAAGUCCCUGGCAGUAGACUCAUCAAAUAUAAGACGAGAUUUGCGAUUUCCAACAUACGGCUGCCAAAUAUUCCAUUCUCCACUUUGCUGGGCAGUUCAAGGGGGUAACGUCUCUAUGGUCAAUACACUACUUCAAUCUGGCGCUGAUCUUCAUGGAGAAUGUGUCCACCAUUGUUGUGAUGCGCAGCUUCUUGGCCAGGCUGCAAAGAACGGUCAUUUGGAUAUGAUGAAAGACCUUGUAGGAAGAGGUCUCCGUCCAGAGAUCAUGUGGGAGACCACUUUCGCAAAUCCCAUGAAUGAGCCAGCGCGCAAAGCCACUCUCCGUCUGGCUGCUGAGGGUGGCCACAUUGCGUGUGUUGAUUACACUCUCGCUACCGGGGAGUAUGAAAAUCUCACUUGCAAACAAUACAUGCACAAAAUAGCGCUGAUCGUGCCUGCCACAGUGGCAAGCGGUCAUAUAGAGUGUGCCCUGUUUUUGCUGAGUCGCAGCGGUAUCCUUGAGAGAACUGGUUUCUGCAAUUGUGGAGGCAAGCCUGCCAGGUCUCUCGCGUCCGAUCUUCCCAAACUGGCCAUGGUACUGGAAGAUCCAUAUAACUUGGAGAAGUAUGGACCUAUGCUUCUUUACCUGGCAGCUGCUACCGGUUGUCCACCCUUAUUUGAAGAGAUGGUUCGAUUGGGUGUUCAUAUUGAUACAAGAUUCUGUGGGGGCAACACGGCGCUCUGUCUUGCCGUAAUAGAAGCAAGAGCACACGAGGAAGUAAAGAAAUUGUUGGCGCUAGGGGCCGGAAUCAACGUGGGGAACUCGCAGAACCAAACACCACUCUAUCUUGCAACUAUACUUCGGCUCAAGGGAGUGAUGAAGAUACUCCUGGAUCAAGGUGCCGAUAUUGAAGCACGUGGGACCAGAUCCGGGAAGGUCCAAACGCCGCUUUGCGUCGCUGUUGCCGAUUUUGGGGUUCCCGUGUCAAACCAAAACUAUCCAAGACGCGCAGCCCCCUCCCCGAGUAACGAGAUUGUGGCAUUAUUGUUGAAGAAUGGUGCAAACACUAACUAUGCCGAUCUAAAGUGUGGGAUCACUCCUCUCUGGCUUGCUGUUCGGGGACACAGCACGCUUCAGCCGUCUAGCAGGGAUGAUAUUGUGCGGUUGCUUCUUCAGAGCGGUGCAGACCCGAACCUAGCACUGCGAAACCAGUCAAUCUUAUUCUGGGCUAUAUCGCACUGCCACUAUGAUACGAUCAAGAUGCUCCUUGACUGCGGUGCCAAUCCUAAUGACUAUGGGGCCAAUUUCGAUGGCUCAAAAACCCACCACUCGGGGAAUCCGCUCUCGCCUCUGGCAAAGGCUAUGAAGCUGAAAAAAUAUGGGAUAGCUGAGCUUUUGCUUGAUUAUGGUGCAGACCCUCUUGUCUCGCAUUGGAAGAAGGAAAGCUCACUAGUUCAUGCGACCAGAUCUAAGAAUUGUUCGUUCAUUGGGAAGAUGAUUGCUGCAGGCCUAGAUGUGAAUGAGUCUGUGAUGGGCCAUAAACCUCUCCAUAUGGCUAUCUGGCAAGAUAACGUUGAAGCGGCGGAAUUACUGCUUCGUCGUGGAGCAGAUCCGAAUCUCACGGUUGGGGGGGACUUCAUGCAUUUCAUCAAAUUCAAUGUUGUGGGCUUCACGUAG